AUGUCUAAUCAGCUUUGCUCAAACCAUUCAUUCAAGUUUAUCACAGUUGACAAGGGAUAUGAUUGUGGAUUUUUCUUUAAUCCGUCUCGUGUCGAAAAUUACUUUAGUUAUUGGUUGACAGAAAGUUGCACUGAUGAAUGUAGACAAGCACUCAUACGAAAGUAUAAAGAGUACAAUGCAUGGGCUAGAAAUUGCGUUACCAUUCUCGAAAGUAUCAAACUUGGUGCAAAGGAUAUGCCUAAAUCAUACUAUGACUAUGUAAUGUAUGUAGGAGGAGAGAUGGAUAAAGAAGUUGAACCGGAUGGAUCAAAACAGUUUGAGGAUACAUUCCUUAUCAGACCUUUAAAAAAAGAGGAUUUCGUGAAGAAUUGGAUUCUGGCUAUGGAGGAUCGCGAUACACGAAUCGAACAACUAGAGAAACAGUUGGAGGACGCUGUGGUGGCUCUCUGUCACAAGCGCAAGCGCGAGGAAGACCAAGAUUACAAACAA